AUGGCCUGCCCAAACUCCGUACCGUUUCCACCGGGAAUCCAUGCACCGUGUUUGACAUGGUUUGGCGAUGAUAAGACACAAGAGAUUGAUUGGGACACUCAGACAAAGCAUUUGGAAUACAUCAUCAGCUCAGGCGUACACGGAGUCAUCCUUGCCGGGACCAAUGGCGAAGCCGUCGCUCUGACAAACGAAGAGAAACGGAAGCUUGUGCACACGACACGCGAGAUCGCUCAGCGAUUAGGAUGUGUUGAUAAAUUGACGAUCACCAUGGGUUGCGGUGGCCAAAGCACCCGUGAGGUCAUUGCCGAGACGAUUCUGGCUAAAGAGGCCGGAGCUGAGUUUGCGCUCGUCCUGGUCCCGAGUUACUUCCACUUCGCCAUGAGCGAGGAUGCCAUUGUGGCCUUCUUCGAGGAGCUCGCUGAUGAAAGCCCGGUCCCGGUCGUCAUCUACAACUUUCCUACCGUGGUCGCAGGUCUAGACCUCAACUCGGACAUGCUCAUCAAACUGGGCAACCACCCGAACAUUGUCGGCGUCAAGCUGACCUGCGGCGGCAUUGCCAAAGUCUCCAAGAUUACCGCGGCACACGCGUCCUCCAAGUUUAGUGCCAUCGCCGGUCAAAGUGACUGGCUCAUCCCGGCAAUGACUGUCGGCGGCACUGGUGCCGUCACAGGAGUCAGCAACCUGUACCCAAAGUUUUGUCUCCAAGUAUACGAGUUAUGGAAGCAAGGGAAAGUCGAGGAGUCGGUGGAUCUUCAAAAGAGGCUUGCAGCGAUGGAAUGGGGGUUUGCAAAGAGCGGCAUCAACGGCGUGAAAUGGGUGGUCGGCGAGCUUCUACAAUAUCCUGCAGCGAAGCGUCACUGUCGACGACCAUACCCCCAGUUUUCUGAUGACAAGAAGCAGAAAUGGAUCCUUGACGUCGUGAGGCCGUUGCUGGAAGACGAGCGUAGCAUGAAUGAUAGCCAGCUGUUGCGUUAG